AAACCACCACAGCCAAACGGUACACAUAAGUUCACCCACACACACAGUCGCACGGACAAAGAGUACGAAUCGGUUCUGCCGAGGCACAGCUCAACAAGCCCAAAAGAAAAAAAAGCAAAGAAACGACUGCGGGACAACCGCAACCGCAACAUCAAAGGGGAGCUAAUCUGGCUCGGGCGGUGGCGGAGGGAGCAGCGGAGCCAAGCGGAGAGCCAUCACGCGAAGGUCGGAGAUGAUGGUGGUGAUGGCGUCUCGGUCCUGGUGACGGCUAAGCGGCUGCCAGAGCUGCAAAUAACCACACAAUUUGAACACAGCAUCAGUAGCGCGGCGGAGAGGAACCCGCUGAAUGACAAGCUUAUUACGCACAAUCCAGAUCGUCCAGGCGAGAACCCCAAUGAGCAGCCACCUAAUGUGGCGGCCCGAUACGGGGGUGGCCUGGAUCUCGGCAAGGAGGUCAGGGAAGUGAAGGUUUCAUCGUUUGAAUGUCUUAGCAUCUAUAGUUCUAAUAUGAGGCACAUACAAAUUCCCCCGUGUGUACGUCACUUUUCUAUAAUCAUAGAUAACACGGAUGUAGAGGACAGGGUGUCCUUUGAACACUGCAAUGAAAAUUUGAGUGCACUAGAUAAACGGCUGAAAGUUGAACACCUACGCACUUUAAUGUUAUUUGGUGAUUACCAUGGAAGCUUUGUCAAAAAUUUUGGUGGAUUGUUAAGGGAAGCUACGGCCCUUCGUGUUAUAUUUUUGUCCGAAGCAUCAUAUAAUUUGGAGGACAUAUUGCAUAACUUUUCAAAACUUGUCCAUCUUCACUACCUAAGGAUCAAGUCGUCGUUGUAUUGCCAGGACUUGUGCUUACCAAGUGCAUUGUUUAGAUUGUAUCAUUUAGAGAUUAUUGAUCUGCAAAGUGUGCAAUGCCGUGUUAGUUCAACUAGAAAUAUUAGCAACCUUGUAAAGCUACAUCAUUUUUUGCUGCCAAAAAACAUGCUUCAAUUUCAUUCUGACAUUUAUGGGGUGGGAAAACUAAAAUUCCUUCAGGAAUUAAGAAAUUUUAAUGUGGGAAAGGAGAGUGAUGGUUUUGAACUGAGUCAGCUCGGGCCACUGACAGAGCUUGGGGGAUCACUUGGCAUUUAUAAUCUCGAAAAUGUGCAAACAGAAGAGGAAGCAAAUGAAUCGAAAUUGUUGCGCAAGAACCACUUAAGAGAACUCAUACUACAAUGGGGUAGUUGGCCAUCUAAUAAUGAUCCUGUAAAAGAAGACAAUGUUCUUAGAAGUCUUGUACCACAUAGCAAUCUUCAAGACUUGUGCAUUAGAGGACAUGGAGGCACCAAUUGCCCAGCAUGGCUAUGUGAGAAUCUCUCAGUUAAAUGCUUGGAAUCUCUUUGUCUUGAUAAUGUAUCUUGGAAGAAUCUUCCACCUCUGGGAGAGAUGUGGAUGGUUAAUGAGCACGGUGAAGAGUAUCAGUGUUGUAGUAUCUCGUCUCCAGGCUUCCAUAAUUUGAAAAGGCUACAAUUAAGUAACAUAUAUAGGUUGAAAAAAUGGGUUGGAAAUGACAAUUGUUCUUUAUUUUCUCACUUGGAAGUUCUCAUCAUUAAAGAUUGCUCUGAACUCAUGGAGUUACCGUUUUCACAUCCUACUUGCUCUCAAGCACAGCAGGAGAAGAAAAUGGCUUGGUUUCCUAGACUACGGGAGCUUGUCAUUUUUUACUGCCCGAAACUAGUGUCUAUGCCUUCUAUCCCUUGGUGGACUGGUGCUCCGUGCUCUGCUCAGCUAGAAAGAGUGGGAACUGGUAUUGAGCAGCUGGUUUACCCAAGCUAUGGAAAAGAAUUUAGCUUGGGCAUUGAGGGAAAAGGUGGUGAGGGCGAUGAGUUCUGGAGUGGGUUGAAUUUCUCUAACCUAACUGACCUAGAAAAGUUUCAUAUGAAAAUAAUCCCUUUCCUGUCGCUGGAUAAACUCCGAGUGCUAACAUCUCUGAAGAAGAUCGAUAUAGAGGGUGUGAGCAGUGUCUUGCCGCCGGUUGAUUGGGAUUGGUAUCAUGGCAUGUACAGGUUUCCAGUUGAAGUUCUCCACAUCAGCAGGUGUGAUGCUAGUGGGAAAGAACUGACACUGCUUCUAUCUUUCCUUCCCAACCUCUCAGAGUUGUUUAUAAGCGAGUGCAAGAUUAUAACUGGGUUGGGUGUGGUGGAGGAUGCGGAAACUGUUUCUAGAGAGCAGGAGCAGCAGACAAGAGUCGGAGAGGAGGAAAUAAUAAUAGCAGCGGCAGCACAAGGACUUCUCUUCUUGCCUUCCCAGCUACAGGAGUUGAUGAUUUAUAAUUGCUCAAAUGUGAGCUUACUCGCCAAUUCAUCGCAUGACAACCACACAGAAGCAGGAGGGGGGCUCCAACGUCUUCGCUGCCUCCGCUCGUUGUGGAUAGACAAGUGCCCCGAGUUCCUGUCCUCUUAUUCAUCCUCGCUGAUCUCCUCUUUUCUCCCUUUCCCGACCUGUCUGCAAGACCUCGACUUAUUGGACGUGAAGCACAUGGAGACUCUGCAACCUCUCUCAAACCUCACCUCUCUCACCGGAUUAAUGUUGAGAAUAUUGGGAGGUUCGACAGAAGAGGGCUUAUGGCCCCUCCUCGCCCACGGCCACCUCACAAAAUUACACCUUUAUGCUGACUCCGAUUUCUUUGCUGGUUUCGACCCCUCACGGCCGCAUGACAAAGAGGUUUUUGCCUGUUCCUCCAAGCUCUUCUAUCUAUGUACGGAGAUCAACACAGGAUUCCUUGCUGCGCCCAUCUGCAGCCUCCUCUCUUCCACCCUCACCAAACUAUACCUCAGUUUCGGCACAGAGAUGGAGCGCUUGACAAAGGAGCAAGAGGAGGCUCUUCAACUCCUCACCUCCCUCCAAGAGCUCGAAUUUUCGUGUGGAUUCAAUCUGCAACGCCUACCUGCAGGGCUACACAACCUUAUCAACCUCGAGAAAUUACAGGUCGAAAGUUGUGAUGACAUCAAGUCGCUGCCCAGCCUUCCGAGCUCUUUGCAGGAAUUAGUGAUGGAACAUUGUCAUGCCACCAAGUCGCUGCCAAAUGCCCUCCCAAUUUCUCUGGAAAUAUUGAGGAUCUGCCACUGCGAUGCCAUCAAGUCGCUCCCCAAGAAUGGCCUUCCUAGUUUAAUGCUAGAGUUAGAUGUCCUUGAGGGCAACAGCGAGGAGCUAAAAAGGGCAUGCCACAAGCUAAUAGGAACCAUUCCAAUUGUCAGAGCCUGACCAUCCAAGGGUUCUCCUUCAGUGUGGAUGUUCUUAUAGCCUCCUAGAAUUCUAUAUGGAUUCAAGCAUGGUUUCUGGUGCCAGCGGCAAGCAUGAUGGUCUCCAUUGUAUCAACAACUCUGGGCUCCAUACGUUCUUUUCGCCUUGCAAAAUUCUCUCCAUAAAUCCAUUUCGGUCAUUGUGUGGUAUCUUCAUCCUAUAUGUGUUCUUAUGCUCAUUCUGGCUGUUUAUAGUUACUUUGCAUUUACAUUUCGGUCAUUGCUCAUGAAGACUUGGUGGUGUACUUGGUUUUUUCUGCUGCGGCGGCCAAAAGAUCACAACAGCAUAAUGGUGGAAGAAAUGAGAUCCAGUGACUUUGUACUGAAAUUAAGGAACUUUACAAGAAAAGAAUGCACCUCAAUCAUAUUAGUGCUUGUUUGCA